GUACGAACAUGAAAUUAGAUUUUUAAACAUGUAUGGAAAUACAAGCUUUGUACGUUCCAAAAAUAAUGGAUUUACAACAGAAAGACCAACAUGGACAUCUUCACCGCUGUGUGAACCUCGUAUAGGCCAUUCAUAAAUUCAUGUCAAGUUUAAACAUGUUGUAAACUGUACCAUAAACAUGGAAAGUGCCGAAAUUUGACAAGAGGCUGCGGCAAACGCAUUUUUAAAAAUUAUGUUAUGAAGGGGCUUUCAUUCCACAUUAAACAAAAUCAGAGGUUAUGUUCAAGAACUUGAUAUGAUAGCAGCAUUUCUAGUAACUCUACAAUAACUUCCGAAAUUCCUCAUAUUUUACUCGUGUUCGCCUUCCAUAAUACCUACGCCUCAGUGAAAAUGGAAUAACAUUGUGUUUCCUGCAUUUAUUUUUGAAUUGAUAAUGCCUUUGCAUAGCCUGCAUACUGCAAGUGGUUACCAACAUUUCAGAGGAAGCUGCUAUCCCAGUCUUAAGGAUAAUGCAUCAAGUUAAAUCUUAAAAGUGCGCUUACCUUAAGAUGUCUAUAUACAUACUGAAGGAUUUCUGCAACAAUUCUUCAAUUCAUGGUCUGAAAUUCAUAACUAAACCAAGAAGACAUUGGAUUGAAAGGGUGUUCUGGGUUGUAUGCUGUGCAUUGUCUUGGUGUGGAUCAUUUCUACUUAUCUUGUCUGCCUGGGAAAAUAAUCAGAACAAUGCAGUCAGUUUUGUGGCUGACACUACAUAUCUUGACUGGAACACUCCAUUUAUCUCAAUUGCUGUAUUUCAACAUGGGUUGAACAGUGAAGUGGCGAAUUCAUACAUCAGGAAUAAAUUCAAGAAGCAUGAAGAUGGGUUUGUAGAAGAAAUGAGACGGUUAUUCGAUGAAAUUGCAUUUCAAGAACAUCUUACACUCAUACAUAAAUGUCUUGAUAAUACAUCAAAAUUAAACUUCAUCGAGAAGAGUGACUGCCCAAGAACUAAUCUGUUUGAUGUUGUGCAGUCGGUGCGAAGUCCAUGCAAAGACAUAUUUCGUAACUGCCAAUGGAAUGGUAAUGAAUUUGACUGCUGCAAAUACUUCUUACCAUUACAAACUGAAAUGGGUCCCUGUUAUGCCCUUAACAACAUUCACACCCAAAAUAGUUCAAAAUCAGAGGUUUUAUUAGAUAUGAUGUCAAACCGCACCACAGGACCUGGAAAACUACUUCUGGAAUUGGCUCUUAACACAAAGGUGUACUACUUGUCAAAAGAUGAAGUUCCAACUUUUAACACUCUAAGUGAAAAUGUUAUUACUGCAACAAGAAAAAUAUUUUACAAGACACUACUUCAAGUAACAGAAGUGAUAAGUGUUCCUGAUGCUAGAUCAAUUAACAUUGAUAAAAGACAGUGUAAAUUCCCGGAAGAAAACACGGGGUUCUAUCUUUACAAUUGGUAUUCCUACUCAGCAUGUUUAGUAGAAUGCCGCAGAAGAGAAGUCAUGCGUCUUUGUAACUGCACUAACCCUCUGAUGCCUGCAGCAAGAACUGAAAAGAAUUGUGAUCUGGAUGGAAUGGUAUGCCUUGAAAAAAAUAAAGACUACAUUAAUACCUUAAUAAACCCUUGGGACAAACGUGAAGGUGCCGGUAUAUCAUGCACGUGCAUGCAAGGUUGUGAAGAACUUGGUUUCAGAAUGGUGUCUAAGGAAGAGGAAAGAGAACCCAGAAACUACACAACUAUAGAAGUACAAAUGGUCCAGUUACCCACUGUACGCUUCAAGCGUAACAUUGUGAGAAACAAAGUAGAUAUGGUUGUGAAUAUGGGUGGAACAGCUGGAUUACUUGUUGGUGGAAGUAUUCUCAGUGUAGUGGAGAUAUUAUACUACUUCCUGGUGCGUCCAGUCUGGGAAGCAGUACACUCCCACACAUCUGUUUCUCAUACACCUUGAGAGCAUCAUCUGGGAUCACCUAAUGAGAGAAGUCUCCCAAAUGAUCAACAACUUUCCAGAGUGAACAGAACUUAAGCACAAUAUAUGCAUUGUAAGCCUCUUUGUGUUUGAGACACCUGUUCUUCUCAGCAUUGGCACGAUUGAUCUGAGUCUCUACACAUGACAAGACAGCUUCACAUGAAUCACACCAUUCUUGCAAUGUGCUCACUAUGGAUCCUACAUCACCUGGCUGAAUGUCACGUCCAAUGGCAUAGUCAAUCUCCAGCUGGCUAUUCUUUUGAUCAAGCUUUCCGUGGAUAAUGUCUGCAAGAAUUAUAAUCAUAAACUAGUUGUGUGUUUAUAUAACAAGAUAAAAUAAAUGGAACUCAGCCAUUAAAACAUGGACUUGCAUAAUAAUCUGAAUAAAACAGAAGAAAUUUUUUAAACCAAUAUUAAUGUAAGUUAACAACCACAGACAGUUGUAAAUAUAAAGCAAAAUACAAGCAAAAGAUGUACAUAAUAAAAUAAAUCAGCAACUAAAACAAUAUGAAAAGUGAGAGGUGUAUUCAUGUGGCUGCAUGUAGCAAUUGCAUCACUGUGAUAACUGAUUAAAUUUAUAGUUGUAGGAAUGAAAAACUUUAUUACAGUUGUAUUUAUGUUUGUCACACUGUAUUUUGUACAUGAAACUGCAUUUAAAACUUAUGAAUAAUUUUCACCUGCAUAAAUAGCUUCAAUGAUGAGAUCUUCUAAAUCUCGAACAUUUUUAAUAUCCAGUUCUUGAAGUAAUACAGCAUAUGGAAUACACUGAAAAAUAAGUCACAUCUCCACUGAACAUUCCUUAUUUAUACAAAUCUGAAAUAAUAUAUUUCUCAAUGAAAUAAGUUAAUGUAAAAUCUGUGUGACCCAAAGCAGUAGUCUUGUUUUAAGAAUGCAUUCUGAUGUGAAAAAUAUAUUUCCUUUGAACUUUCUUAACAUGUUA